AUGCCAAAAAAAAAAAAGUCAGGCUCCCUCUGGACCCGAACACACGACCUUCCGAUCCGCAGGCUAACGUCUAGCGGCUACAUCACGGCGACUCCCAGUAUGUAUAAUAUCUCAGUUAAACAUCUGACUUGUUUUGAUGUGAUUUCUAAUGAAGAAUAUGCUAUUAUUUUAAUAUUUUGUACUGCUACAUGGUCGGUGUUUUCGCUGUGUGGAAUAAUUUCCAAUUUUAUAAACAUCAAAACGUUUGUCGCCAUGGGACUCAAUGAUGGCAUUACGGUUUCAUUCCUUGCGUUGUCGAUCUUUGAUUUCGCCUACCUAGUUUUCUCGUUUUGUUUGGGAAUCAGUUCCGCUUUUCGUGCUGUUGAGAGCUUAUCUUCAAAACGUUUUGAUGUGGAACCAUAUGGAGUCAGCGUGUUUGUAGCUAACGUUCUCAUUAUGGUGGCAGUGACAAAUGUGUUAACAACAACAUUUCUAGCAGUUGCCCGUUGUAUGUGCGUAGCCAAACCUCUACACUUCAAGAAUUACUUUACCGUAAAGAGAACUGUAUACUUCAUGUCAGGAUUUGCCAUAUUUGCCGUAACUGUCUACAUGCCUCUUCUCGCCAACAUGGGAAUGCUAACCAGAUUCGACAACAAGACAAAAAUAUCCCGACCGUCUCUUUGGGUGUCAAAAUACAAAGAACCUAUCAAAAAUGUCCUUUUUGUGAUCAUCGAUACCGUCCUGCCUGUCUCUUCGCAGAUCAUCGUUCUCAUGUGUAUACUAGUCAUGGCUAGCAGUCUUCGUGCAUCCGCUAUGUUCAGACAGGCUUCAGGGAUACAGCGCUGUGAUAAAAAUAACGCAGACAUUGUUUCUUGCAGUAAGGACAAAAAGACCGAUCAUAUCAAUGUGACAGAGAAACUCUGCGGCAAAGAUCUUCGCGUGGUCCAGCAGGUAGUUCUAAUAUCUCUUGUAUAUGUCGUGUGCAACACACCAAGAAUACUUAUCAGCGUUGCUGGUCUCUUGGAACCUGAAUUUAGGAUUGGAAAACGAUACAACAAUUUAUAUCUUAGUCUGAAUGCUUUCAGAAAACAUGUAGAAAUUUUCAAUGCAACGACUAAUACUUUCAUAUACUAUAAGUUUAAUACUAAAUUUAGGAACACACUGUUUUCAAAAGGAACAUAA